GCCAGGACGGCGAGAGACAGCCUUGGAUUGCAAGAUACUAAAAGGAGGACACCUGUAGCUCGGAUGCGGUCAACACAAUUACUUGGCGGAUCCUUGAGGACCUCAUUAUUUUAAACUUAAAAGAAUAGCGAGCUCUCUCCUCUUCCCCCCCCCCCAUCUCUCCCGCUCAUCCCUAUAUUUUCCCCCCAAACAAUGCUUCUUUUUGACCUUUCCCAAGGAGAAAAGCUACAAAGCAGCCACUGUGCUUUUUGAACUGCCUCCCCCUGUAUCGCUUAAUUGAGAAGGUAUACAAAUGCUCUCAGUCCAGCCAGACACCAAGCCGAAAGGUUGUGCUGGCUGCAACCGUAAGAUCAAGGACAGAUAUCUUCUAAAAGCCCUGGACAAAUAUUGGCAUGAGGACUGCCUGAAGUGUGCUUGCUGUGACUGUCGAUUGGGGGAAGUGGGCUCCACCUUGUACACCAAAGCCAACCUUAUCCUUUGUCGCAGAGACUACUUGAGGUUAUUUGGUGUUACAGGAAACUGUGCUGCUUGCAGUAAGCUCAUACCUGCUUUUGAGAUGGUGAUGAGAGCCAAGGAAAAUGUUUACCACCUGGACUGUUUUGCAUGUCAACUUUGUAAUCAGAGAUUUUGUGUUGGAGACAAAUUUUUCCUAAAGAACAACAUGAUUCUGUGCCAGACAGACUAUGAGGAGGGUUUAAUGAAAGAAGGUUACGCACCCCAGGUUCGCUGAUCUGCCACCACGUCGUUAAGAAUAUAAAGCACUAUGUUCUUUUAUCUUUUUUGCUCAACAUGUAUAUAAGAAAUGACACAGGAUCCUACUGAAUAGCGUAGAUAUAGAGAGACAGGAUGGUCGCGUGGAAUAAAAGGCGGACUGAAUAUGUAUGUAGUGAAAAUUGCUCCAGUUCAGAGUUGAAUGUUUAUUAAAAAGGUAACUGUACAUACUGCUGGAUUUUUAUUUUAUUUUAUUUUUGGGGGCUUGCUAUUGUUUUGUUUUCCUUUUUUGUGUCAUUUGGCAUGAGAUGUUUAUUUUGGACUAUUGUAUAUAAUGUAUUGUAAUAUUUGAAGCACAAAUGUAAUACAGUUUUAUUGUGUUA